AUGGCUAAGGUAGAGAAGAAACAAGUCAGUAAAAAGAAUAGCGAGGUCUUAUCACUUGCUGAAAAGAUCAAGAGAAAGGCAUUAGAAAAGCAAAAGGAAUCUGCUCAGCAUAACUCUGACUCUGAACCAGAAAUUAGAUCGAAUGAUGAUUCUAGGAAAGUUGAACAAGAUGGUGAGGGUGAAUCAGAAGAAACAUUUGAAUCUUUCAGUGAACUUGACUUAGUCCCAGAAUUAAUUGAAGCCUGUAAAAACUUGAAUUACGCAAAACCUACGCCAAUUCAAUCUAGAGCUAUCCCUGCUGCUUUGAAGGGGAAUGAUAUUAUUGGGUUAGCUCAAACAGGUUCCGGUAAAACAGCAGCAUUUGCUAUUCCUAUUUUGAAUCAACUAUGGCAUGACCAACAGCCAUAUUACGCAUGUAUAUUGGCUCCUACCAGAGAAUUAGCUCAACAGAUCAAAGAGACCUUUGACUCGUUGGGUUCUUUAAUGGGUGUGAGAUCAACUUGCAUUGUUGGUGGUAUGAGUAUGAUGGACCAAGCUCGUGAUUUGAUGCGUAAACCACAUAUUAUUAUUGCUACACCAGGUAGAUUGAUGGACCACUUGGAGAACACCAAAGGGUUCAACUUGCGUAAAUUGAAAUUCUUGGUCAUGGAUGAAGCUGAUAGAUUACUUGAUAUGGAAUUUGGGCCUGUCUUGGAUCGUAUCUUGAAAAUUAUUCCAACUCAAGGAAGAACUACCUACUUAUUCUCUGCUACAAUGACCUCUAAAAUUGAUAAGCUUCAAAGAGCUUCACUUACAAAUCCUGUAAAGUGUGCGGUUUCUAACAAGUAUCAGACCGUUGACACUCUAAUUCAAACUUUGAUGGUCGUUCCUGGUGGUUUAAAGAAUACCUUUUUGAUAUACCUAUUAAAUGAGUUUAUCGGUAAGACCACUAUUGUUUUUACAAGAACAAAAGCAAAUGCAGAGAGAAUAUCGAAUCUAUGCAACCUUCUAGAUUUCAGUGCAACUGCUCUACAUGGUGAUCUCAACCAAAAUCAAAGAACUGGUGCUCUAGAUUUAUUCAAAGCGGGGAAAAGAUCUAUCCUAGUUGCUACAGAUGUUGCAGCAAGAGGUUUGGAUAUUCCAUCUGUCGAUAUCGUAAUAAAUUACGAUAUUCCUGUCGACUCAAAAUCAUACAUCCAUCGUGUUGGUAGAACCGCAAGAGCUGGACGUUCUGGUAAAUCCAUUUCAUUAGUUUCUCAAUACGACUUGGAAUUGAUCUUAAGAAUAGAAGAGGUGCUAGGCAAAAAGUUACCUAAGGAGAACGUUGAUAAAGACGCUAUAUUAGCAUUGAGAGACACCGUCGAUAAAGCAAAUGGUGAGGUUGUCAUGGAAUUAAAUAGAAGAAACAAGGAAAAGCAGGCUAGAAGCAAAGGUAGAAGAGGUAGAAUGGCCUUCAAAGACAAUAUGGAUAGAGAAGAACGCUAA